UUUUGAGCAUUUUCUUGUAGAUCUUAGCAAAGUGUCUGACAGUUUAUAUAGAAGCUUACAAGAAUGAAGUAAGUUUUUCUGCGGAAUAGAUAUUAGGAUGAUAAUUGUGUGACUUUAUACAAUUAAAGGAAUUUUAAUUUUCAACAAAAUGGAAAGCAUGCACGAUUGGAUUGGCCCGCAUUUUUCAGCCCACGUAAAUGGCUCACUUACAGAUAAGGUCACACCGGAUAUGGCACAUCUCAUACAUCCAUACUGGAAUCGAUUUCCAGCAAUCGAACCCAAGAUGACGAGACUUCUUGGCGUUUUCUUAGGAUCAGCGGCCAUAAUAUCGUUUUGCGGAAACGGCUUGGUUGUCUGGAUAUUUUCGACUACAAAAACACUUCGAACACCGGCCAAUUUAUUGGUACUGAAUUUGGCCUUUUCCGACUUUUCUAUGAUGGCAACUAAUUGUCCAAUGAUGACGAUAAAUUUAUUUUUUGAAACAUGGAUACUUGGUCCGUUUAUGUGCGAUUUGUACGGAAUGUUGGGAUCGGUUUUUGGUUGUGCAUCAAUUUGGUCCAUGUGUAUGAUAGCAUUGGAUAGAUAUGAAGUGAUUGUGAAAGGAGUUACUGGACGACGUAUGACUAUUAAACUUGCGAUAAUCAAAAUAGUUGCUAUUUGGGUAUUUUCACUUUUUUGGACUAUAGCCCCAAUGAUGGGAUGGAGCAGGUAUGUUCCGGAAGGAAAUUUGACAUCAUGCGGACUUGAUUAUCUCGAGCAAGAUUGGAAUCCAAAAAGUUAUUUAAUAUUUUAUACGAUAUUCGUAUAUUUGAUGCCGUUGUUCUUAAUAUGCAGGUCUUACUGGUAUAUAAUUGCGGCCGUUGCAGCUCACGAAAAUGCCAUGCGAGAACAAGCAAAAAAGAUGAAUGUGAAAUCAUUGCGUUCCUCUGAAGACACAGAAAAGAGUGCCGAAGGAAAACUGGCCAAAGUAGCUUUAGUUACAAUUUCACUUUGGUUUAUGGCCUGGACUCCAUACGGUAUUCUAAAUUUUUUGGGUUUUUUCCAAUCAGAUCUUCUUACACCGCUGGCAACAAUAUGGGGUGCGGUAUUUGCAAAAGCUUGCUCCGCAUAUAAUCCAAUCGUUUAUGGAAUUAGUCAUCCAAAGUAUCGUGUUGCUCUAAAGGAAAAAUGUCCUUGCUGUGUUUGUGGAGAAACUGAAGAUCCGAAGAAGAGUGAAGUUGCGUCACAGCCAUCGACAAAUGGGGAAACCCCAGCGUAAAUUAAUAAAUGUUACAUGCUUAAAACCAUUCUUACUUUAAAUAUAAGAGAAAAAAGCUUUGACAUCAAA